UGUUUUGUUGAGAGAGAAAAAACGUUUCACAUUAUACAAAGCGAGAGAGAGGCCUGAGAGGAGAGUCACCAAGGAACUUACCAACAAAAGAAUAUAUACUGAAAGACUUUCGUUUUGAGGAAGCAAUAAAAAAAUAUAUAUAUAUAUAUAGAGAGAGAGGGGGUGGGGGGGGAGGAGAGAGAGAGAUUCCGUUAAGUUUAAUUAAACGGCGGGAUGGACGGGGAGAGGAAGAGGAAGAUGGGGGAAAACGAGGAGGUAGACGGCGGGGGAGGGCGGAGGAAGAAAGAGAGAGAAGCGGUGGCGGCGGCCCCACCGCCGACGGAGGAGGAGGUGGAGGAGUUCUUCGCGAUUCUGCGGAGGAUGCGCGUGGCUGUUAAUUACUUCCAAAGUAACGGUGACGGCCGUAAGUUGACGGAGGGGUGGGGAACGGCGGUGGAGACGACGGAAGUGUUACAAGUAGUUGAUGACGUUAAAGCUGAGGAGAAGACGGUGGACGGAGUGGAGGCGGAGAACGUGGUUUUCGACCUCAACGCCGUCCCGGAAGCUGAGAGUAACAGUGAUUAAUUGGGCUUAAAUGGGGAUUUGGUGAUGGAUUAAUCUAAUUAAUGUAAGCAGUGAGUAAUUGAGGUUUAAUUCCUAUAUAUCUUCUUAUUCUUCUUUAUCUAUUCUGUUUCUGGAUCGUGUUGUAUUAAUAUUAUAUACUAGUAAUCUUUUCUUUUUGUAUUUUUGAAACAAUUUAUAGUCUCACAUAAUGUAAAAUUAACGCAGAGAUUGGAUAUAUAAGAUUGAAUGAAUUCCAUUAA